ACUGUCCACAAAGUCGAAUCAAGAUGGACGCCUUUACAGAGUUUCCGGAGAAACCUUCGUUGCGAAAGACGUUGACUCACGAAUUCGGGAAACUACCAAACAAGCAGUACAAGGUUAUUCAAAAUGUCAGCAAAGCCCACAUAGAGUCUUUCAAUUACAUGCUAAAGGAAGGACUGUCGAGAGCCGUGGCGGACAUUCCCCCAUCUGAAUUUGCAUUGCCCAAUGGAGACAGAAUCAAGAUUGAAAUGAAGGACCCCUUCAUCGGCAACCCUAUGAUCAGCAAAAAUACGAUCGGCGUGGUGACACCACAGAUUUACCCGGCUGAAUGCAGGAACCGAGGGACCACAUACAGGGGGAAGUUGGACGUCACCCUUUGCUGGAGCUUGAAUGGAGUCCAGCAGGACGUGAUCAAGAAGACUGCUGGAGAGGUGCCCAUCAUGGUGAAGUCUCAAGUGUGCAACCUGUCGAAGCUGUCUCCAAAAGAGCUUGUGCAAAGGGGCGAGGAGUCUGAGGAAUUCGGAGGGUACUUUGUUGUCAACGGCAAUGAGAAAAUCAUCAGAAUGCUCAUCAUGACGAGGAGGAACUAUCCAAUUGCCAUGAUGCGGAACUCAUGGAAAAACAGGGGCAAGAUGUACUCUGAAUACGGCGUCUCUCUGCGAUCGGUGAAGCCGGACCAGACUGGCACCAACAUGGUGCUUCAUUACCUGACCAACGGCACCGUCCAGGUAAUGUUCUCGUACAUGAAGGAGAUCUUCUUCAUGCCGGUCAUGAUGUUGCUCAAGGCCCUGUGCGACGUCACGGACUACCACAUCUACAGCGAGCUCGUGGCGGGCAAAGAGAACGACUCCUUCUACAAGGGGUGCAUCAUCAACAUGCUGAGACAGGUUCAGAACGAGAACCUGCUCACGAGGGACGAGGUGAGGUCUUACAUUGGGGGAAAGUUCCGGGUCUGCAUGAGGUUGCCGGAGUGGUACAGCGAUGAGCAAGUUGCCCUCUUUCUUCUGAGGCACUGCAUUUGCAUUCAUUUGGACUCAAACUUCGACAAGUUCAAUCUCAUCUUGCUCAUGAUAAAGAAGCUGUUUGCACUUGCCAAGGGGGAGUGUGCCAUUGAGUCAUCUGACAACCCUAUGAACCAUGAAGUUCUAUUGCCUGGUCAUCUCUACCUGAUGGUCCUCAAGGAGAAGUUGGGCUCAUUUCUUUUUUCCAUCCGACAAAACAUUGAAAAGAAGGCCAAAUCUCUCGGAAAGGCAUUCAAGCUUACACCUGCCAUGUUCAGCAAGGUGCUGGGAACGGCGUGGGAAGUGACGGGUGCCAUGAAUUACUUCCUGGCCACGGGCAAUGUGGUCACCAAGUCCGGCCUGGGGCUGAUGCAGUUCUCCGGCACCACCGUGCUGGCCGAGAAGCUCAACUACUGGCGCUACCUGUCCCACUUCCGCUGCGUCCACCGCGGAGCUUUCUUUGCCGAGAUGCGCACCACCACUGUCCGCAAGCUGCUGCCGGAGGCCUGGGGGUUUCUGUGCCCCGUCCACACGCCCGACGGUUCGCCCUGUGGCCUGCUCAACCACAUGACAGCUAUGGUGGAGAUGGUGAACCAGCAGCACAGCGUUGCCCAUCUUACGUCGCUGUUGACCGGACUCGGCAUGUUUUCCCUGGACGGGGCCAGACCGGAAGUUUCCAGGGCCUACGUCGUCGUCCUGGACGGCAGAGUGCUCGGCUACGUGGAAGACGACAGAGCACCGUCCCUCGUGACCACCCUGCGUACCAUGAAGGCGCACGGCCUUAACAAAGUGCCACCAACUUUAGAGAUUGGUUUUGUCCCCAAGACGAGCAAGGCCUCCCAGUAUCCGGGGCUAUUUUUGUUCUCCACCGUGGCGCGUAUGAUGCGGCCAGUGCUCAAUGUCGCCACAGGAACGGUGGAAUGGAUUGGCACUUUUGAGCAGGUCCACCUCAACAUCUCCGUAAUCCCCGACGAGGCCCAUGAGGGGGUGACCACCCACCAGGAGCUAAGGCAGACAAGCAUGUUGAGCGUGCUGGGCAACAUGAUCCCAUACUCGGACUUCAACCAGAGUCCUCGAAACAUGUACCAGUGUCAGAUGGGGAAGCAGACGAUGGGCACGCCUUGCCAGGCGCUGCGUUACCGGUCGGACAAUAAGCUGUACCGAAUCCAGACCCCGCAGACGCCGUUUGUGCGCCCCACUGCCUACGACCACUACCACAUGGAUGACUUUCCCACGGGGACCAAUGCAAUUGUAGCCGUCAUUUCAUAUACGGGCUACGACAUGGAAGACGCGAUGGUGCUGAACAAGUCGUCGGUUGAGCGCGGCUUUAAGCAUGGCUGCGUCUACAAGACUGAGCUGGUCAAUUUGAGGGUGCUGGCGGGGGACACGGGGCGGCAGACGUCCCUCGUGUUCGGCCGCAAGGCCACGGACAAGUACCUCGAGGGAAAAGUGGACCUGGACGGGCUGCCCUACAUCGGCGUCAAGGUCGAGCAAAAUGACCCCGUCUGCAGCUUCGUAAACCUGGUGACGGGGGAAACCAAAGUUCACAAGUACAAGAGCACUGAAAGUGCCUACAUCCAUGACGUCAAGCUUCUGGGCAACGACACUGGCACCGACCUUCUCCAGAAUAUCUGCAUCACUUACUGGAUUCAGAGGAAUCCAAUGAUCGGAGACAAGUUUGCCAGUCGUCACGGCCAGAAGGGCGUUUGCAGCCAGCUGUGGCCCAUCGAGAACAUGCCCUUCACCGAAAGUGGGAUGACCCCAGACAUCAUUUUCAACCCUCACGGUUUUCCGUCUCGAAUGACCAUCGGUAUGAUGAUCGAGAGCAUGGCUGGAAAGUCAGCUACACUGCAUGGAUUUGUACAUGACGCCACACCGUUCAAGUUCUCCGAGAAUCAGCCUGCCUCCGAGUACUUUGGGGAGCUGCUGAAGAAAGCUGGGUACAACUACCACGGCACCGAAAGGAUGUAUUCAGGUGUGGACGGUCGAGAGAUGGAGGCGAACAUCUUUUUUGGCGUCGUCUACUACCAGAGGCUGAGGCACAUGGUGGCUGACAAGUAUCAGGUGAGAACCACGGGCCCAGUUGACACACUGACUCACCAGCCCGUAAAAGGACGUAAGAGAGCGGGUGGUAUUCGUUUCGGAGAGAUGGAGCGUGAUUCCUUGCUGGCCCACGGCUCCUCAUUCCUUCUGCAAGACCGCUUGUUCAACUGCUCCGACAGAUCUCUCGCGUAUGUCUGUCGCAAGUGUGGCAGCGUGCUCUCUCCGCUCAUCGAGAAGCCAGAUGGGGAUGUGGUUCGGAAGUGGGUCUGUCCAGCUUGUCAAACGGGUGACUUCGUUGACACCAUCAGCAUGCCAUAUGUGUUCAGGUACCUGGCCGCCGAAUUGGCCGGCAUCAAUAUGGGCAUCAAACUCCACAUCAAGUGAUGAAAAACCACAAGGUUCUGCCAUCGACACUUGUACAUACAACCGAUGCAACAUAUGCAACCUGUGGGAUAGGCUCUUGUUCCUCGAGAGAACAAAACACGAGUAUGCCAACUGUUGCUCUUGUGAAGAGACAGUCUUUUUUGUGGAAAGCUUCCUAUGACUUGCACGCUGCUCGAAAUAAAUGAAGCAUCCGGUUUUG